AUGUCCGAUUUAAAAAUAAAAGAAGGCUUAGCCAAAAUGUUGAAAGGUGGGAUUAUCAUGGACGUCGUCAAUUAUGAACAGGCCAAAAUUGCCGAAAAAGCAGGUGCAUGUUCCGUUAUGGCACUUGAAAGGAUCCCAGCUGAAAUGAGAAAGUCAAACCAAGUUUGCAGAAUGUCUGAUCCUCACAUGAUCAAAGAAAUUAUGGACAAUGUCUCAAUACCGGUUAUGGCCAAAGUUAGAAUUGGUCACUUUGUUGAAGCUCAAAUUUUGGAGGCCUUGAAAGUUGAUUACAUUGAUGAGAGUGAGGUUUUGACUCCUGCUGAUACUGUUGACCACAUUGACAAGAACAAGUUCAAUGUCCCAUUUGUAUGUGGAGCUAGAAACUUGGGUGAAGCCUUGAGAAGAAUCAAUGAAGGUGCUGCUAUGAUUAGGUGUAAAGGUGAGGCUGGUACUGGUGACAUUUCAUCUGCUGUUGACCAUAUCAAGACUAUUACCAAAGACAUUGAAGAAGCUUGCAAGUUGAAAACUGCUGAAGAGAGACAAGCUUUGGCCAAGGAAUUAAGAGUACCUGUUGAAUUGGUAAACACCGUUGUGGAGUUGAAAAGAUUACCAGUGGUUACCUUUGCUGCCGGUGGUGUAGCUACUCCAGCUGAUGCUGCCUUGUUGAUGCAAUUGGGAUGUGAUGGAGUAUUUGUUGGAUCCGGUAUCUUUAAGUCGCUGAACCCUCAAAAGCUUGCAACUGCUAUUGUAAAUGCAGUCACCCAUUACAAUGACCCUCUCAAGUUGUUGCAAUACUCAACUGACUUGGGUGACUUGAUGCCAGGAAUCUCUGUGGACUCAAUCAAGGAAAACGAAAAGUUGGAAAAGAGAGGUUGGUAA